CCUUUUGGGGAAGGAAUUUUUCCUAAUUUUCCAUUAAGCCCCAGGAUGACAAUAGCCCUCCUGCUGGAAAGGUUGGGUGGUGGCUGAGCACCAGAAUCCCCUCCGUGGGAGACUGAAGAGUGGUUUUCACUUCCAAGAGGCUCACAGUAAGAGUGACAAGGAAAAGCACAUUCAUAUAAUUGCAUUUUAGAGAGCUCAUGGUAAUGCAAAAAGAAAACUGAAACCGCAGCCGAUGAGUUGGGUCUUGUUCCCUGCCUUCGGGGAGGGAGGAUGGACUUGAGCUCAGAUCUCCCUGCCUGGUCUCUUUGUGCAUCCCUGAUGGUCAGAGACGUUCCUGGGAACUGGCUCCUGCCUUGUGUUUCAGCCUAGGGAAGAAGUACGUCUGCCUUCCUGUUGCCCUUUCUUCGAAGUAGCAGUAGCAAGAGGGUAAUUUCCAUAUUUUUUUUUUUUUUUUAAAGUGGGGAUGAAAGAAGGAAGCACUGAAAUACUCCAGUCUUCCAGCAGACAAGCAGGUGGCCCCAGCUGUUCUUGCCCCAUGAGGUCCUUGCUAUGCACCAUAUUUGCACCAUAUGCCUUAUGGUAUCUGAGAAAAGGACGCUUUGGCCAUCUUCUCCAUGGAAGUCCAUAGCACAGUGUCUGCUACUUGUCCAUGUUGAUUUUCUUGACUUCAUUUUAUGGCAGAUUCAGGCACUUCUUGGACAUCAUCGAUCCGCGCACGCUCUUUGUUACCGAGAGCCGUCUGAAGGAAGCUGUGCAGUUGUUGGAGGAUUACAAGCAUGGGACUUUGCCCCCGGGAGUCACCAACAAAGAGCUGUGGGGAGCUCAAAAAAUAAAGCAGGCCAUCAUCCAUCCCGAUACGAAUGAGACCAUCUUCAUGCCUUUCCGAAUGUCAGGUUACAUUCCCUUUGGAACGCCCAUCGUUGUUGGUCUUCUCUUGCCCAACCAGACACUGGCAUCCACUGUGUUUUGGCAGUGGUUGAAUCAGAGCCACAAUGCCUGCGUCAACUAUGCAAACCGCAACGCGACAAAGCCUUCUCCGACAUCCAAGUUCAUCCAGGGCUACUUGGGAGCUGUCAUAAGUGCUGUCUCAAUAGCAGUGGGCCUUAAUGUUCUGAUUCAGAGAGCAAACAAGUUUACCCCUGCCACUCGUCUCUUGAUCCAGAGGUUUGUGCCAUUCCCCGCUGUCGCUAGUGCCAAUAUCUGCAAUGUUGUCCUGAUGAGGCACACAGAGCUGGAAGAAGGAAUUGAUGUUUUGGACAAUAACGGGAACAUUGUCGGGUCUUCCAGAAUUGCUGCAAAACACGCACUGCUAGAAACAGCCCUGACUCGAGUGGUCCUGCCAAUGCCUAUACUGGUUCUACCUCCAAUUAUUAUGUCCAUACUGGAAAAAACAUCACUUCUGAGAUCCCGUCCCCGGAUGAUUCUCCCAGUCCAAAGCCUUGUGUGCCUCGCUGCCUUUGGCCUGGCCCUCCCCUUGGCCAUCAGCCUCUUCCCGCAGAUGUCCGAGAUUGAGACAUCUCGGCUGGAGCCAGAAAUCGCAAUGGCCACCACCAGUAAGACUGUAGUCUACAAUAAAGGAUUGUAAGUGGAAGCGGACAAUCUCAGCCCAGAAGAUUUGGGGAGGGAAAAGGGGAAACUUGAGAUCCCGACUGGGAACAAGAAAACCACAACAAGAGAAAACAAAUACUAGAGCUCAGCGAUAGUAACGUAUUCCCACUCCCGGCGAACUGGGAGUAAAUUAACACUUGCAGAGAACUGACACCUCACACCAGUCAAAAAGAUUAAUAUUAAAAGUUUUAAAUUAGCAAUGGGAGCAGCAACAAAAAAAUUACAUUCAAACACUUUAGAGAACUAGCUAAAGAAUAAUCUCAGAACUUAAUAGCACUGCAUGGAGGGAUGUUUAACGGCGUGUUUACAUGGUCUACCUAACUACAUGAAAGUAAGCUUCACCGAGCAGAUUUUGUUGUCAAUGCGAAUUAAAUCUCCACACUGAUGCUGCACAAAAAUAA